GCCAACCGGAGCGCGGCAUUUUCCGCGGGAGAUCCGAAUUUCGCGGCACGCCGUUUGGCGCUAAAAAAAAAAAAAAAAGAAAAGAAAAAAAAAGAGGCAGAGAAAGACUCAGGGACUAGAGAGCGGGCCGCAAGGAAGUCGGCGCAGUCGAGACCCCCCCUCCCCGUCCCAGCGCAUCGCGUCUCCGCCGAGCUCGCGGGCACACCGGGGACCCCUCCCCAGAGCCGGCCGGACCCCAGGUGCCGAGGCCUUGGGGGGCGCGGGGCGUCCCGGGUCGCGGUGCCCUCGGGGCGGGACAGCCCCUGGCAGUGCCACCACCGCAACCGCCGGGCGAUCUCCAAGCGGCGAUCUCCAAGCGCUGAUCUGCUCGGCUGCGGGCCAGGAGGGGAGGGUCCGGCCUUGCCCCGCAGGCGUCCAUUGGUGGCUUUCCCCGGCCUCCGCGCCAUGCCGCGGGCCGUGUGAGCGGCUGCAGCACCGGAACCCGCAGGUGUCCGCGGGCGCGCCAGGCCCGUUUGGGUAGGGGGCGCCUUACUCGCUAUGCUGCAAGGGCCCCGGGCCUUGGUUUCGGCCGCUGGGCAGCCCCCGAAGGUGGUGCCCGCGAUGAGCCCCACAGAGCUGUGGCCAUCCGGCCUCAGCAGCCCCCAGCUCUGCCCAGCUACUACCAGCUACUACACGCCGCUGUACCCGCAGACGGCGCCUCCCGCAGUGGCGCCCGGCACCUGCCUCGACGCCACUCCCCACGGACCCGAGGGCCAAGUUGUUCGAUGCCUGCCGGCAGGCCGGCUGCCGGCCAAAAGGAAGCUGGAUCUGGAGGGGAUUGGGAGGCCCGCCGUCCCUGAGUUCCCAACCCCCAAGGGGAAGUGCAUCAGAGUGGAUGGCCUCCCCAGCCCCAAAAUCCCCAAAUCCCCUGGGGAGAAGACUCGGUAUGACACUUCGCUGGGGCUGCUCACCAAGAAGUUCAUUUACCUCCUGAGCGAGUCAGAGGAUGGGGUCCUGGACCUGAACUGGGCCGCUGAGGUGCUGGACGUGCAGAAGCGGCGCAUCUAUGACAUCACCAACGUGCUUGAGGGCAUCCAGCUCAUCCGCAAGAAGGCCAAGAACAACAUCCAGUGGGUAGGCAGGGGAAUGUUUGAAGACCCCACCCGGCCUGGGAAGCAGCAACAGCUGGGGCAGGAGCUGAAGGAGCUGAUGAACAUGGAGGAGGCCUUGGACCAGCUCAUCCAGAGCUGCUCUCUGAGCUUCAAGCACCUGACUGAGGACAAGGCCAACAAGAGGCUGGCCUAUGUGACUUACCAGGAUAUCCGUGCUGUCGGCAACUUUAAGGAGCAGACAGUGAUUGCCGUCAAGGCCCCUCCGCAGACGAGACUGGAAGUGCCUGACAGGACUGAGGACAACCUGCAGAUAUAUCUCAAGAGCACCCAAGGGCCCAUCGAAGUCUACCUGUGCCCAGAGGAGGUGCAGGAGCCGGACAGUCCUUCCGAGGAGCCCCUCCCCUCUACCUCCACCCUCUGCCCCAGCCCUGACCCUGCCCAGCCCAGCAGCAGCACCGACCCUAGCAUCAUGGAGCCCACAGCAUCCUCAGUGCCAGCGCCAGCGCCAACCCCCCAGCAGGCCCCACUGCCUCCAUCCCUGGUCCCCUUGGAGGCUACUGACAGCAUGCUGGAGCUGCCGCACCCACUCCUGCAGCAGACUGAGGACCAGUUCCUGUCCCCGACCCUGGCAUGCAGCUCCCCUCUGAUCAGCUUCUCCCCGUCCUUGGAUCAGGAUGACUACCUGUGGGGCUUGGAGGCGGGUGAGGGCAUCAGCGACCUCUUCGACUCCUACGACCUCGGGGACCUGUUGAUUAAUUGAGUGGCCCCACCUGCCCCCAGCAGCCUGCCCCCGACUCUACCUCCUCACAAACAGGCUGACAGGCCCUCUGCCUGCACAGGGACAUUGGACACUAGGUGCUGCCCUCAGGGAAUGGGGUCUCCUUGCCUUUCCCACCCCAGCCGGCAGAAGCUGUGUGGGGAGAUAUGAAUGGUACGGGUGAGGAGGGGAUAAGGGUGUGGGUCCUCACCUUCCUAAUGGAAGCUGGGCCUGGGGAGGCCCAUCCAGUCUUCUGACCUCUGACCUCUCACGAGAAGGCUGCAGGUGAGGUGGCCAAGUCCAGGGAAAGGCCCUGCUACCUCCUUUUGAGGGGUAAUUAGGACCCUCGACGUACCAAGAAGCACUUAAUGCCUUUGUAUUUAUUUCAGGUUGAGUGGUUUGUUUGUGCUCCCUGAGUUUUAGCAGGGAGGUUGUUCUAGUUUUUAGUGAGACCUCCGCAGACAGGCCCAUCAGGGCCCAUCGCUGUCCAUGUUCCAGGGCAGGUCUGGGUUUCCAAGGGAGGGACCCAGGCCACAUCCCUGGUUUCCCCACAGUGGUGGUGGGGCUGGGUCUCUGAGGGGCUGUCCAGUCGGCCGGAACGCUAAUUGCACUUAGGCCUCACAAUUCUAGUGAACGGCAGCUGUGGGCCCUUUCGCCUCUCCACCUGUUCUUGGCCUCACAUCUCCAGCUGAGCCACUGGUCUUGGCUUCCUGGUCGCCUCUGUCCCAGAGAUGGUUCCAGGGAGUCAUCCUAAGGCAGGUAGCACUGAGGCUCCUGUGGAAACAGGAGCCACCUGCUCAGGAGACCCCUUUCCUGAGGAAGUCCUUACCUCUCCCUUCCUUUGAGAUGUAAAAAUGGUCCAGCAGAGACAAGCUCACAAGGAAAACAGACAGGAACAUGCGAGCAGCUGUCAUGGCUGUGGCGGGCACCUUUCCUCAGAGUUUCUGCCUUGCUCUGGUCCAGGAGCCAUUUUGCACCAAGGACUUGGUAGGCAGAGGCAGCCCCACUGUAAAGAAGGGUCAGAUUAAAACAAAAAACUGCCAAAAGCAUCCCUUCCGCCCCCCAGUGUGGCGCUGGCAUCAUUCUCUGCUUCCCUGGGAGGAAGUUUUUCACCAUGUUAUUGAAGGGGAUGGUUCCUUAAGGACCGCUCCACCCCUCAGAGCUCACUCAGACCCCCAAGGACAGAGGUGACUGGGGCUUGGUGACUUGUUCACCCCUUUUUUCCCAGGUAUACUGAAGGGGUGACAGAGAGAGGUCUUCAUGGCAGACCAGGCCUUCGCAGCUAAUGGGGAGAGGAACUCAUGUUACCUCUUCAGGCCUGGGGUCCUAAGGGGGUCUUUUGGCUUCAGCCUGUUCCCCCAGAGGCUUGAUUAUCCCACAUUGUCCCUGCAGCCCAGCUGCUCUUGUCCUCCACCCACCCUGGGAUGUGGGUGCUCUGGGCUGAACCAAGGCCAUGCCUUCUGGAGAGAGGCGCAGGGGUUGGUCUGAGAGGCCUGCCACCCACCCCUCAGGGAGCUAGGUUUUCUCAGAGGCUCGGCUGGACAGCACUUUUUAAAAAAGUUUGGGCCGGGUGCGGUGGCUCAAGCCUGUAAUCCCAGCACUUUGGGAGGCCGAGACGGGCGGAUCACGAGGUCAGGAGAUCGAGACC